AUGACUACUACAAUUUCAUCACUUCCCGAUGACAUUCUUUAUAUCAUCAGUAAAGAUUUAGGAUUUCUUUCAACUUUAGCCCUUCGUUCUACAUCCGAAGAUGUAAUUUCCGUAUUAGAAAAUUGUGAAAAUUUACAAGAAUUAUACAUUCUAGGAUGUAAAGAGGUUAAAUUAUUACCAAUAACAACAGCCAUGAAAAAUUUAUAUCAAGAAAAUGAAAAUUUAGAAGAUAAAAAAAUCAUGGUAAAAAAAAGAUUACAAAAAUUAAAAAAAAUAGUAUUAACUAGAUGUGUUGGUGGAAAAAGGCAUUCUUUCACGAUUAAACAAAUUUUAGAAGAUUUACAA